UCAAACGAGCUUGCUGGGCCAGUAGGUGGCGGAAAAGUCUGUGAUCCACAAUUCACCAAACACCAGAGAAGAAUAAUGUGUUCCAAGUCAAAUUGGUCAAGUCAAGCUCCGGUCAAUGUUUGAAAUGUGGAGCUGUGCUGCUACAUUUAGCUGUGAACGUGUAACUGGACCAAGAACUGCUAACAAAACUACUGAAACUGAUUUUUACCAUUCAAAGUUUAAAUUUUUGAUGAGCUUACAUUCAAAGUCAUACUUUCUGUUGAGAAGCUGAAGACAACACUGGCCAUGUUGUCGAUAGGAGCUGAAUGUGUGUUCAUGGGUUUGUUCCUGUACAUCUCAGGGGUUGGAGCAAACAGCAUCUGUGCCUUAAAAGGUUCAUCAGUGGAUCUACACUGCUCAGCUCAACUUCCCACAUCAAGUAUGAAAUGGUUCACUGUUCGAUGGGAGAGCAACAAGAAGGUUCCAGAUCAGAUCGUUGAUGGAAAAUAUGUGAACAUAUCUGAAGAGAGCAACUUCACUAUGACGAUCAAUGAUCUGAGAGAGAGUGAUACAAACACUUACUGUUGUAGUGAGGUUAAUGAAACACAAACUAAAUGUCAGGGGAGAGUCAUUCAGCUCCUUGUUGCAGACCUGCAGGUGAAGGUGUUUCCUGCCACAGGAGAAAAGACAGUGUCACUGAUGUGCAGCAGCAGUUGUCCUCUGACUGAAAGACCUGUGGUCUAUAUCUGGUACAAGAACACAGAGUUUCUCUAUGAGGACUUGUCUCCUUGGUACCAGGAGCUAAUCAGCAGCGAGGAAUCAGUCACAUACUCCUGUGCUGUCAAAGGCUACGAGCAUCUCAGAGCCCCUGAAGUCUCAGUGGAUUCUCUCACAUCAGCCUGCUUCACUGUGACCUAUGCUAAAGGCAGAAUGUGCUUAAAUCAGCAGAGACCAGAAGAUGAGCCGUACUCCAUCACAUAUCCCAGAGGUGAAGUUUCACAAAUAAAUACAUGCAAACACACUCCCAACCCCAUACAAACGAUACGCUAG